AUGAAUAGCGAACUUACAUCAUGGUCAUAUCAAUAUGCACCAUCCAUUCACUCUACUCGUUCGUUUCUCGACGAUGUAACUAUAAACGAGUUUGCCAUUGCAUCUAAUAAUUUAAAUUCAGAGAUGAUAUUUGUACUUAUACUGACAACUAAUCAUUGGAUUGAAAUCUAUUCCGCUAAAUCACUUAACGAUGACGCUCUUUAUAGUCUUCAUCUUCGUUCUCCAGCACGAGUUCAUUCGACAAUUAAUGGAAAUUUUUAUGUUUUAACAUGCAAUGGUAUCGUUUAUUCUAUCGCUCAACAAAUUGCUUCUAAUAAUGAAUUUAAUUUCAAUCAGAAAACUAAUAGUCAAUUAAAAAUUCCAUGUUCAAUGAUGCUAAGUUCUGUCUUAACUCUCAAUGGACUAGAAAGUCUUAUUGUUUUUGCUGACAAUGGGCAAUCAAUGGCGAUUUGCACUAUGAAACGAGUUAUCUAUAUUGACGUCGAUGUUUCAUCUUACAUUUCAUCAUCAUCAUUGAAAUCAAUCACUAGUGAAAAAACACAAAAUUUAUUGUUAUUAUAUUUCAAUAAUAAAACUCUCAUUUCGUGUCAAGUAAAACUUGAUGAAUCAAAUGAGAAAGGUUCACUUCAAUUUACUCCAUUUGAUCAAGCUGAUAAAUUUUGUCUACAAAAUAAUUGCCUUGCUACGUACAAUAAUGGAAAAACUCAACUUAAUUUACAUGAUAUUCGUUCAAGUACAUGCUAUGAACCGAUUCAACUCGAUAGUGAAUGUCAAUACUUAUGUUUCAAUGAAUCAGCAACUUAUGUUUUCGCAUUAGUCAAACCUCGAGUGUUAUUCAUGUAUCGAAUGACUGAUCAUCGACAAAUGGCAAAAUUAUUUGUCUAUGAUUUUGUCUCGUCUAUGGUAGCCGAUAAUGAUUUUCUCGUAUUAGCUAUGAAUGAUCGGCGUUUACUUACAUUAAUGAUUGCCGAUCCUGAUGAUCCUACAUUACAAGCAAGAAUACACGCAUUACCAAGCAGAAAUCCUCAGCGUUUGAGCAAAUCUGCAACAAAAAGACUUGUUGAUCAUGUGGAGAAAUGUGGCAAUAUGAGUUCAAGCGAUGAAGAUGAAUCUGAUCUUGACCAUGAUGAUAAUGAUAAAACCAGCCAGCAAUCUAAACAGAAGAAAAAUGACCAAACAAAUGUACAAAAGCUUGCGUCACCUACUAGUCUCUUUCGUAUCGUUACUCGGUUAAAUGCACGGCAUUCACUUUCCAAGAUGAGAAAUGACGAAGAAAUACGAUCCCAAAUCAUGACUAUAUCAUUAGACAAUUCAGAGGCUCUUGAUAUGACAAAAAUGAUAAAUAAUUCGGAUGAUGAAAAUUACGAUGAUAAUAACGCAGUACAAGUUCCAGAUUUUGCUAUUAACACAGACGAACAUAAAAAUAUCGAUGCUGAUUUGAAUGAUAUUCGUCAGAAAACAUUAGAAUUCAAUCAAAACCAAAUCAAAGGAAUUCAAUUUGCAAAUGCAGGUGAUAGAAAUUUGAAAAUUGUGAACAAUCACGCAAUAACUUCGAGUACAUGUAGUAUUACUUGA